AAAGAUAGUAAUCAAUUUCUCUCUCUCUCUCUCUCCGACGGAGCUCCGCUCUUCUGUUUGCGCAGGAGCUGCUGCGCUCGGGAGGUUCAGCUCCUCGUUCGUCCCCCCCGUCUUCUCUUCUUCGAGCGUUCGACCGAUGAUCCCUCCCUCCCUCUGACCCCGAGACGAUCAGUCGUAAGCUUGGUUCGGUCGACAGUCGCCGAAGCUCGGUGGGCACUGCUCGCCGCUAUCGCUCUCGAGGUUCCUCUCUGCUCAACCUUCUCUCCUCCUCAGCACCUACAUUAAAAAAAAAAAAAGGGAGGCACGAAUCGUGCACACCCAUAUGAAUUCCCGUUCGAAAAGGGAGAAAAGACUCGAACUUUGCGAUUUUGCAGUGGAUUGAUGCUUGAAGUCGUUAGUGGGUAUGGGAAUUUGGCCGCGGUUAGGAUGCUAGAUUGAGAAUUUCUGCUUCUGGGGUUUUGGUGUUUGGGUCUCUCGGUCUCUCUGGUUUAAUGGAAGCCAUGGCGGAACACUUCGGUCGAUCAGGGCUUAAAUACCCUCCUAAGGUUGUCCCCCCUUCACAAAUUUUGACAAACCACGCGAACUUGAGACUGCCGCCGAACUUGCAGCCCCUUCGGUUCCCCUCCCAUGUCCAUGCCAAUGAUAUCUCCCCAAUGGCCAAAGCUGUGUGCGAUAUCCUCGUGAGUGCACCGCCCGGGGAGAUUGAGACUGCGCUUGACUCCACUGAGAUCCCCGCGAACCCGAUCCUUGUGGAAGAAGUCCUUAAGUAUUCCUACAAUUACCCUGCUUCAGCCGUGAAGUUCUUCCGGUGGGCCGGCCAAAAGCACAAGCACUCUGCGAUCGCGUGGAAUCUCAUGGUUGACUUGCUCGGCAAGAACCAAGCCUUUGAGCAAAUGUGGGAUGCUAUACGCUCCAUGAAGAAAGAGGGUGCGCUGUCGAUGGCAACAUUCGCGUCAGUUUUCUCAAGCUACUGCAGUGCUGGUCGGGUCAGUGAGGCGGUCAUGACCUUUGAUGUGAUGGACCAGUAUGGGAUUCAACAGGAUACUGUGGCGGUUAACUCGAUAUUGAGCGCUAUUUGCGCUGAGGACAUGCAGACGACAAGGGCAUCGGAGGUUUACGAUAGGAUCAAGGGAAAGAUACCCCCGGAUGAGGAAACGUUCGCAAUUCUGCUUGAAGGUUGGGAGAAGGAGGGAAAUGUGGACAAGGCCAAGAACACUUUUGGGGAAAUGGUUGUCUGCGUUGGAUGGAGUUCGCAGAACUUGUCAGCUUAUGAUGCUUUCUUGACUACACUGGUUCGUGGAUCGCAUGCUGAGGAGGCCAUCAAAUUUCUCCAGGUGAUGAAGGGAAAAAACUGCUUUCCAGGUUUGAAAUUUUUCUCCACUGCCUUUGAUAUUCUUAGUAAGAGCAAUGAUUCACACAACUGUAUCCUGUUGUGGGAUAUCAUGGUCAGUAGUGGAUUGAUGCCUACCUUGUUCAUGUACAACCAAAUGAUCGGUCUGCUGUGCAACAAUGACGACACCGACAAUGCAUUCAGGCUGCUGGAUGAGAUGGUGUUUCAUGGUGCUUUUCCUGAUUCCUUGACAUAUAACAUGAUUUUUGAAUGUCUUGUUAAAAACAAGAAGGUCCGCCAAGCAGCCAAAUUUUUCAUUGAGAUGAUCAAGAAUGAGUUGCCACCAACUCAUUCUAAUUGUUCCAUGGCCAUAUCUAUGUUUUUCGAUGGCGACGAUCCUGAGACAGGUGUCGAUAUAUGGAACUACAUGAUUGACAACCGCUUCUCGCAUCUUGAUGCAAGUGCCAAUGCCUUGCUUCUUGGCCUCUGCACUUUGGGUAGGUUCUCAGAGUUGAGGAAAUUUGCAGAAGACAUGUUUGAUCGAAGAAUUAGCAUCUAUGAAUCAACGAGGGAAAAGUUGAAGGAUGCCUUGUAUAAGGCGGGAAGGAGGAGUGCAAUGGACACAUAUGAUUUUCUUUCAAGGAGAUGGAGAGCUUGAAGAUAUCCCCACACAAAGUUGUCCCCAUACAAUCUUCUUUUUCAGAACCUUCUCAUGUUUACAUCUACUUUUUCUCUCUAUUUUGGGAAAUCUCCUAAAGAAUUAGAUUAGUUGCAGUGAAUAAAAAUUUCUUGAUGUGAGCA